AUGGCAUCCACUGAAGAGCGACCCAUUGUCUUUUUCGACAUUUCUAUUGGCGAUGUCCCUGUAGGACGCCUAAAGAUGGAACUCUAUUCUGACAUUGUCCCCAAAACGGCAGAGAACUUUCGGCAACUCUGCACAGGAGAAUACAAACAUAACGGUGUGCCUCAAGGAUACAAGAACUGCUUAUUCCACAGAGUGAUCAAGGAUUUCAUGGUGCAAGGUGGCGACUUCCUCAAGGGUGAUGGUACUGGAUCCAUGAGCAUCUAUGGUGAGCGAUUCGAAGAUGAGAACUUUACAGUCAAGCACAACCAAGCAGGAUUAUUGUCCAUGGCCAAUUCAGGACCCAACACCAAUGGAUGCCAAUUCUUUAUCACUUGCGACAAGUGCGACUUUUUGGAUGGAAAACACGUUGUAUUUGGACAUUUGGUGGAUGGUUUAUUGACUUUGCGAAAGAUUGAAAACGUAUCCACUGGACAAAACAAUCGACCCAAGCUACCCGUUAAGAUUACAGAGUGUGGACAAAUGUGA